AUGGACAGCAAAGGAGAUGCUUUGGCCGUUGGCGCAAUGGCGCCUGAACAAAUGGUGAGGUUCCACGUGGCACGUGCUAUUGGCAGGGUUGCAAGGGAGCAGGAGAUGUGCUUAUAUGGAAAGAAUGGUGAUGAGAAAGAUGAGAAGGGCGACGGUGUGUUGAGCAGGGUGGGCGCACGAGUGGCAGAGUGGAGGGAUGCUGUGGUUGUGGGGUCUCAGAAAAUCGUGGGUGGAGGGAGGGAUAUGGAGGAGAGGUCAGGAAGUGAAAGAGGGACGAUGGAAGAAGGGAGAACCAAGGGACAAGGAAUUGCAUCUGGGGCGGGAGGAAAAGGGCCAGGAGGAACAGGGGCAGCAGCAGCAAGCCUGUUUGUGAGGCCAGCAGCCAUACGCAGCUGGUCUGGCGCAUUGUUGAAGUCAGCAUGCCCUCCUUCGUCUGCCUUUCAGCAUCGAAAUACUGAUGUCACGGUUGCCGCCCUGCAUGCUCUGCGCACACUUGCCGACAUCAGUGACGAUGUGGGCCGCAUAAGCAAUGAUGUCAGGGGGGCUGAACCUUCAUUGCGCGAGGGGAUUGCUCUGGAGGCAUUGCCGCAGCUAAGGCGUGUACUGGCGGCUUCAACUACUGCUGCCACUCAUGCUGCCUCUUCCUCUGGCUCUGCUCCUGCCUCUGCCUCUGCCUCUAUCUCUGCCCCUGGUGUUUCCACCAAGAGGCAUGACCCUGAUGUGCCGUCUCCACGUGCUGUUCUUCCAGGGGGUGUGCGAGCGCAGAAGAGCAAGGAGAGGAGGGAAACUGAGGGCGGCAGUGUGGAAGAACGCGAGGAGGCGGAGGAGGAGGAGGUGGUGAACCUGGCUGUAGCGCAGGCUGUAGCGUCGCUUGUGCUGGGCCGUCGAAUGUAUGAGGCGGCGGCAGUGGGAAGGCUGAUAGGAGUGCCAGAGCCAGCACCAGCAGCGGAGGCGGCAGAAACAGGAGCAGUGGUGCCAGCAGCAGCAAUAUCAUCCCACUUGCCAGCUCCGCUCCGCACCACACCGACUUGCCCAACAGUGGUGAUGCCUGCAGACGAGCUGCGGGCGUGGGGCCCUGUGCUAGUGAGAUGGGCGUGCGGGGUGAUGGGCGGUGGAGGGGAAUUGAACACAGGAGCUAGAGAAGAAGGAGCAAGAGGAGCAGAAGAAAGUGCAGGAGGGGCAGGGGAAGGGAAGGGAGGAGGAGCAGCAGGAAAGAGAGGUUCAAGAGGUGCGGCAGCAGCAGGGUUGCUGGGCGGCAGAAGAAGGCCGGCAAGGAGCUUCUUGGAGUCGAAUUUGGUGCCUUCUGCUGCCGUGGCUGCCACUGCUGCUGCCGGGCAGGCUGUUCUGGUGGAGGUGCUAUCUGCUGCUGUUCACAUGGCACAUCAUGCCUCUUCCUCCUCUCAUUCUGCUGUUGCUGCUGUGGAUGCUCGUGGGGGUGACGUGGCAUCGGGGGGAAAGGACAUGGGCGGGAAAGGGAAGCGAGGAAGGACGAAUGGAGGGAGGGAGAAAGCGAAUGGCAAGGAAGGAAGGGGAGGGUGGAGAAACGGACAGGCGGAGAGAGGCAUUGAAGGUGGAGGAAAGCUGGGGGUAGAUGAAGGGAGGCUGGCAGGAGUGGAUGUGGAGGGCGGGGGAGUGGGGGGCAACGAGGUUGGGAAGGAAUGGACGGAUGUGGCAGUGGGAGUGGGUCUGCUGUGGCUCUCUGAAAUGCUCAUGUGCGCUGUCAGGGAUGGGGAGGCAGCGAGGCAAGCAGUGAUAACUGGACGGGCGGGAGGGGGCUCACAGGGAGCAGGGGGCGUGGGCAGGAAGGGAGAGGCAGGGAGGCAAGGAGGGGGCAAGGGAGCGGAGAGUGUGGGGAUGACAGUAGCGACUAUGAAGUACCUUGAGUCAUUGUGGAGAGGAGGGAAGGGAGCACAGGGAGCACAGGGGGGAGGGUCGUUAGCCUCGCCUGCAGAUGAGCCCAGUAAGGUUCAUCCUGAUGGAAACGCUCCACAAAGCCAAGCACUGCUGGGGGGAGCGGCAGCAUCUGACAAGGGGUUGCGUGGAGGGGCAGGUGGGGCGAGUGCAAGGGGGAGUGCAGGGGAGAAGUCGUGGUGGUCGUAUGUGAACCCGUGGGGUGGGUCGGGCGUGGCUGGAGCAGGGGGACAGGCAGCGGGGGCAGGGACAGGGCAGGCCCCGGGGGGGCGGGCAAAGCAUAUGAGUGGGGCUGUGAGCGGGACGCUGAGUGGGGAGGUGAGAGGGGAGGUGAAAGGUGCACUGGGAGGGGCGUUGAGUGAGAAGCACCGCGCAGUGAGGGAUGAGGCGCAACGGUCCGCCAGCACUGCUGUGGUUCGCCUGGGUGAGGCGCUUGGGAGCGAGGCGUGGGGAUGGGGGGGAGAGGGUGAUGGGAGGGGCGGAAGGGGGGAAAGGAAGAGGGGCAGCGGGGAAGGGAAUGGCGGUAUGGGGUACAGGAAGGGGGGAGGCAGCAGAGUGCGUUCAGAGGAGCGAGAGUUAGAGGGGUCAGUGCGAGUAGGUGUGGAGAAGGGGGGUUUGGGAGAAACGGGAGGAGAGGACUCUGUACCAGUAGUAAGCAAUGCAGGCAAGGGCAGCAGCAGAUCCAGCCCAGCUGCUGCUGCUGGCGCUUCUGCUGUUUCUGGUGCUAUUAGUAGAAAAGAUGCUGUUGCUACAGUGAAUGUUACUGUAGACGAGCUGGUGAAAGUGGCGGAAGAGGAGCACGAUCAUUUAAUGGAUCUGCUGGGCUUUGAAGGAGGGCUGUACUCUACGCGGUCAGGGCUGGUAGCUUCUAACGAGGAUAAGCCUUCAGCCAGUGAUGAGCCUCCACGUGUGAAUGUUGUGGAGGCUCUGGACGCGGCUGCAGCAGCGGUGAAAGCGCUCGCUGAGCUGGCGAGCGAAGAUUGGGAGAUGCAGGAGCAGCUGGUGGCAGGUGGAGGGGUGGAGCUGAUGCGGCGGCUGCUGAUUGGUCGGGAGUAUUGGGAGUGGGUGAGAGGGGAAGAGGAGAUAAGGCGUAGCGAUGAGAAUGGUGCUGCAAGGGGCGCUGAGAAUGGGGCUAGGAAGGGUGCUGUGAAGGGUGCUGAGGAGGGAAGGAGUCAGCUGGAUGAAAAGGACCGAAGCAACAACAGCAGCAGCAGCAUCAGUGGUAGCAGCAGCAGCAGCAGCAGCGAUGGUAGUGAGAGCAGCAGGAGAGAAAGUGCUGGGGUUGAGUGCGAGAAGAGAGGGCUUCUGCUAGGCCUCGCUGCAGCUGCAACUGCAACUACCACUGCGACAGCUACUUCCAAGCCAAACGUCUCCCUAGGAUCUCAGCCCAUGCCAAAGGCAGGCACCCGGUCAACAAUAUCCCAACCCGCAGCAGCAGUGGCAGCUGGGGCUACAGCAGCCGCUCCUGCUGGUAUUGUGGCUUCUUCUGUUGACGUUACAGCAGAGGAGGGGCUAGAAGCGGCCAGGGCGAAGCUGACGAGUCUCCAAAGAAAUGCCGCCCGGCUGCUGGCGCAACUGUCAGCUCACCCGGACUCGUGGGCGGCAAUCGCCAAAGACCCGCUUCUGAUUGGCUGGCUUGAACAGUGCACCACAGGCGGGGUGCGCGAGGAUGGGAAGGAUAGGAGAGGCAGAGGGAGUGAGCGAGCGAGUGAAAAUGGGACAGAGAAGAAGAGGAAGGCGGAGGAAAGCCGUGGAGGACAAGAGCGGGAUGACACAGCUCAUUUGCACCGUGUGCUUCUGUCAGCACGUGGCAUGGGAAACCGCGAGCAGUGGGUCUCUGACUGGGAGGAGUACGAGCGUCUGCUGUGUGAGGCGUGUGUGAGCAAGAAGAUGCGAUCCAAUGCCCGCAAGGUGCUCUCCCAUGCUGCUCCCGCCCUGCAAAUCCUGCAUGCCCCGCAGAAAUUGCAUGCUCUGCCGGGGCCUGCGUCUGUUGCUGCUAGUGCUUCCACGUCAGCCCCAGGCUGUCAGGAUGAGUGUGACGUGGCGGUGCCAGGCUGGCACGAGCCAGGGAAGCAGUUCACGCCAAGAUAUGACGACGGCAUCUUCUUUGUCAACCCCACCAGCCCCUGGCUCCAAGCCCACUCCCUCCCCUCCCCCCUCUCCUCUCCCUCCCCUUCCUCUUCCUCUUCACCUUCCUCCCCCUCCUCUGUUGCCUCCUCCUCACUCGCCCCUGCCCGCUCCUCUGUGAGCAUGCCCCCUGCGCCUGUCCUGGAUGUGGUGUUUGUGCACGGGCUUAGGGGCGGGCCUUUCAAGUCGUGGCGCAGGGGAGAGGCAGUGCCUGCUGUAGCACCGCCUCCUGGAGCACCUGUGCCGCCUGUAGCGAAAACGCCUGUUGCAGGGACGCCGGUAGCAGGGAGUUCUGUAGCAAAAACUCCUGUAGUGUUGGGCCCUGGUGAAGAGAGACGGGUAGAGGGCCCCGUAGGGGGAGGGAUGCGAGCGAGUGGGGUUGUUAGUUUGGGUGAGGAUGAGAGCGCAGGUGAGAAACUGAGGCAGGGUGGGGCAGAGGUUGAAAGAGUGAUGGGUGGGGAGAUUAGGAGGGAGGCAGUGGGACGCGAUGGGGAAAAGGAUGGAGGGAAGGAGGAUGCGAAGAGCGUGGGAGGCAUGGAAGAGUCAAUGCUUGGGAGUGGGGGGAGUGUGGGGGAGGUGGAGCCAUCAAAGCUGCUGGAGGAGACACUGAAGGAGGAGGAGGAGGGCGGCAAGAAGGGGUCGUGCUGGCCGUGUGACUGGCUCGCCAGGGACCUGCCUGAGGCGCGCAUCCUCACCACCAAGUACAGGACAAAUCUUUCGGAGUGGGCAGGGGCAACCCUUCCACUGCAGGACAUCAGCAUCCUCCUGCUGCACAAGCUGGUGGCGGCAGGAGUGGGCGAGCGGCCGGUGGUGUUUGUGACGCACAGCAUGGGAGGGCUCAUUGUCAAGCAGAUGCUCGCCCUCGCGCGUGCCAGCGACCUGCCAGAGGUUCGAGCCAUGGCGGACAGCACAGCCGGCAUUGUCUUCUAUUCCGUGCCGCACUUUGGCAGCAGGAUUGCGGACUACUCCUGGAGAGCUCGAGCCGUGCUGCGACCCGCUCCUUCGGCUGACUGUCUGCGCAUGUCAUCACCGCAUGUGGAGGGGCUCAACACCAUGCUGCGGCACAUGCACAAGCAGGGCAGGAUCCAAGUGCUCUCCUUUGCUGAGACAAAGGUCACGCCUCUGGUGAAGACGUAUGGUGGGCUGACGCUGCGACUGGAGGUGGUUCCACUAGAGUCGGCCUACCCGGGAUUCGGGGAGUUUGUGGUGUUGGACGGGACUGAUCACAUCAAUGCUUGUAAGCCAGUCAGCACUUCCGACCCUGCUUAUGCCAAUACACUCAAUUUCCUUUACCAGCUUCGAGAUGCUGCUCAAAAGAAGGCGGUAGAUUUGAACAGGAGCAAGUAG